AGAAACAGGAGGAGUAAGAACACUCGGUUGAAUUGGCCUCAUCAUCCCUCUCUCCAAAAGCGCAGACAUCUCUCUUUCUAUGUGUGUAAAGUUUGAAGAUUAGGGAGCACAACAAUUGCAGAAUCAAUGGAAACUGAAAACCUAGGUACUUCUUCCACCAUUAAUUCUUCAUCAUGGCCGAUCAUUCGCGGCUCCCUUCACGAUGCAAUCACUUCCGAGUCCUCCAUUUCCGCCCUAGAUUCUGCUUCCGAUUCUGAUCCUACGGUUUCUGCGGCCCUCAAACCUCCUCUUAUCCUGCGCCGUCCCGCACCGGAUUCCGGCCCCUGCGAGAUCACAAUUUCUUUCACACAGAAACAUGAAGUCAAGCAGGUCUAUGUUCGAAGCACUGCUAGAGUCUAUGAAAUUUAUCAUUCUGCUGAUGAUAAGGGUGACAAUGAGUACCUAUGUACAGUUCGUUGUGGUGUCGCUGCUAAAACUGAAGAGCUACUGCAAGAGACUGAUGGUGAAGGAUCUUUGUCUACAAGUUCUAGUAGCCCCAAUAGAAGUUCUUGUGAAGGGCAUUUUAGAUCUGGUAGUGGAGGCAGCACCAACGAAGAUGACUGGGUAGACGUGAAAGUGCAAAACCCCUCUAUGCUUGAUUCCAGAGAUACAUGUCUGUCAAAGAAAGAUGAGAGCUGCAUGGAACGAGGCAAUCAGGACUUCUUUGAGGCUACUGCAGAGAUAUCUGAUGCUGAUCCAGUUCUGUCUAUCACUCUCCGCUUGCUGUCUAUUCAGAGUGGAGAUUACAUUUACAUAGAUGAAGUUUAUGUGUUUGCUGAUCCCGUGGUAUCAACUGAUACUUCGACAAACGCACCAGAAACCUCGUCUGAAAGUGCUAAAAUGUGCUUGCUCCUUCCGACACUUCUGAACCUGUCUAACUUUCGAAGGAAUCAAAUGCAAGAUAAAAGUGAUUCUGCUGGUGGAGAAAGGAAGCACCAAGAUACUGGAUUCAACUCAACUAGUGCGGCUGUGACAUCUAGUACUUCUCAGUCAGAAAGUAUCCAACACACCAUGCUUAAUAGUUCAUCUGCUCAUAUUUCCCAACUGGAGUUUCCUAUACAAAGGCUAGAUUCUCAAAGUGAAAGGAACUUUUUUUCUAGUCGCGUAGAGAAUACGUUGGUUGAACUUGUUUCUCGAGUUGCAAAAAUUGAAGACUUCUGUUUGAGGUUUGAGGAAAAAAUGGUAAAGCCAAUUAGCAACAUGGAAGCAAGGCUUGAAAGGGUAGAACAGCAAUUGGAGUUGUUUGCCAAGACUACAGUUUCAUUGACAGCUUGCAACAGAAUUUCUGCUCCGGAGUUCUCUUGCACUGAAUCUCAAUCCAAUUCCAUCUUCAAUGGAUGUAAUGAAUCUCCUGGUACUAUAAAUUCUGAGUCAAUUAAGAAGGAUGAAAGUCGUCCUCAAGACAUGUUGAUCCCACCAUCCGGUGCAAAUUCAUCUCUCUCUAUUGAUCCCAAUAAUGUAUCUUCACCCACCACUAAUGCUGCUCGGUUAGUUCCCAGUCUGGUUGUCACUGCACCGGACUUUUCGUAUGUCGAUGAUGAGGGAGAAAAUGACCCCUUUGAAGCUGUAAAGAACUCCCCAAAAGGCCAUCCAAAGAAACCAUUGUCAAUUAAUGAUGCUCUAGCUUCUGCACUUGCUGGUUUCAUAUCUUCGGCUUCCACUGAUACACAUGUGGUUGAAGAAACUGCUGAUAUCUCUAGUAAAGAAGAUAAUGGGAGCCCUUGUUCAUCAGAGUUAAUUCUAUUUGAUAAGCACAUACUCUCUUCUGUCAAUAUUGAUGAAAAUAAUGUUUCCAGCAAGGAGGCCAAGGACGAGAUUGUAAUAACAGAACAAGGUGCUGGCUUUGAGGAAACAACUGAACCUGUUGAUGAACAUAGCCAUAUAUUUGAGGAAGGGGAGAGUGAGAAGUCCCUCGGUAAUUCUGUUUUUAAUGUAGUUAGUCUUGACCAAGUUAAAGCAGAGAUUAACGGUUUGAGCUUAGACAGAUCUGGAGAAGCUGAUGAUGACUCGAGUCAAACAUUUGUUUUUGGUUCCGCUGAAUCCCCUUCUGACAAUACCUCCGUCACUGCUGUUGGAGUACCUGUAGCCAACAUUGACUCCUGUUCUGGUGAAGGGACUGCAAAAGAGUGUCCUGGUAUACUGCUCAACAUUUUGAACUUACAAAGCCCUGCUAUUUUGGAUUUUGGAACUCCAAUACUGGACGUAAAAUUCUUGUUGCAAGAUAAGUUUUCUGCUAAGUCUUCUCUUGAUGCCCUUCUGGUUGAUGUUCCUGAUUUAUGCAGCGAAGUUCCUUGUGUUGAUGAAGAGAGUGCUACUUCAUUCAGCGAGCAACAUGAUUUAGUUAUGAUUGAUAACACAGACUCUACAAUUUCGGAAACUCCUAACAGCCAGUUGUGGUGUUUAGAUAGUUAUGACUCUUGCUGCAUGCCUUCAAAUAGAGAGGAAGAACUGCAGGAAUAUAGUACCCUGGAUAUGGGUGCAAGUCUUAUAUGAUGUUAAUGUAUCAUGGAGCACAUGUUUUGAUCUGUAAAUAGAUUUUUAGCUUUAAAAUGUACAAGUAUUAAAUUAAAUGACCUUUACCA